GUGACAGUGAAAAAGCAAAAAAAGAGCCAUUAAAAAGCUAAAACCUUCACACUCUGAUUUUUUUCUUCUGUGUGGUUUCAACAAUGGCGAAAUCUGACAUAGAGAGAGGUGGUGAAGGAGUGAUCAUCACUGGUAACAACGAGCUGUAUCCGAAGAUGACGAAGGAGAGCUUCGAGCUUCGCUGGGCUUUCAUAAGGAAGGUUUACAUCAUCUUGUCUCUUCAGCUGAUUCUCACCGUCGGUGUCUCCGCCGUAGUUUUCUUCGUCCGUGCGAUUCCGGUUUUCAUCACGACGACGAAUCACGGCCUCGUUGCCUUCUUCGUCUCUCUCCUUCUUCCUCUACUCAUGUUGUGGCCACUGAUUGCGUUUGCGAAGAAGCAUCCAAUCAAUCUCAUCAUCUUAACGCUCUUCACUCUCUCCAUCUCUUUUGCUGUGGGGCUUUGCUGCUCUUUCUCUAAAGGGAGGAUUGUUCUGGAAGCUGCAAUUCUCACCGCUACAAUGGUCCUAGGCCUAACGAUCUACACUUUCUGGGCAGUGAAGAGAGGCCAUGAUUUCUCCUUCCUUGCACCAUUCCUCUUCGGUGCCCUCCUUAUCGUCUUCGUCUUCACUCUGUUGCAGAUAUUCUAUCCUUUGGGGAAGCUAUCGUCGAUGAUAUUGAGCGGUUUUGCUGCAAUCUUGUUCUGCGGAUACAUCGUCUACGACACGAACCAGCUGAUCAAGAAACUGGACUACGACGAGUAUAUCCACGCUGCGAUUUCUCUGUAUCUGGACGUCAUCAAUCUCUUCCUCCAUCUCCUUGGUAUUAACGUGAAUGUCUCUCAGUGAUUUGAAUCCUAUCUGUUAAUGUCCUCAGUUACUUAGAACUAAUUCCAGACAAAAAAAAAACUUAAAGGCUAGAAGUCUUGUUAUUUGCUCUUAUGCUUAAAUAUAUUUUGUAAAGAUAAUGA